CGCACCGCCCCCCCAGGCUACAAAACAUACCCAUUUUUUCUGCCAAAACGCUUUCAUUUUAUAUGCACAAGAUGCACAUCCAUCUUUGAAAACGUUUGGAUGUCGUGGAUUUCGUGGACAAGACGCUGACACACUCCUGAGACUGACCCUAGGAUGACGUCAUGAAGUGGGCGGCACCCACAUGGAGCGAAAGCUGGAGCCUCAGGGAUCAAGUCGUCUUACUUCUGGGUAGAAAAAUGGCUUAUGGAAAUAACUCAUAUUUAAUUAUCUUGUGUGCUAAAUAUAAUACGUUAUCAUAGACAUGGAUACGGUUUAAUAUAAAAGGCUUAAGAAUAGCAUGGUAUAGGCCCUUUAAGCCGUUGUAUAACAGUGUUUUGCAACCGGUUUGUGACCCUUUCUAGCUCAGUUCUAAAAUGUCAACUGUAAAUGAUAAAAUAAUUGACACGAAGGAUUUCGCUUCCAGAAUAAGCAGAAAAUGGAAAUUUUGUUUUAUGAGAACUGUGUCUGCCAAAUACGUCAAGAGAUUUCUGAUGUUUUCAAGAAGUUCAAUGUCUAGGCAAGACAUGCUAACUUUGACGAGCUAAUUGAGAGUUUACGAGGUGAAAAAUGGAAAAAUUGACAAGAAUUUAGUUAAAACCUAAUUAGAUGGGGUUUAUUUCUGUGAACAAAUGAAAAGUGUAUCACUGCACUGAAAUGUUCAUUAAAAAGUUCAUUUGCAUUUAAUGUGAUAAAAACAGUUCAAAGAAUGUCAGGCUGAAACCUUUUUACCUCACCAAAUUUGUCCGCCUUUGCAAAACGUUUGCGCCCCCCCAUCAUAGACCAUGUCCAGACACAUGACUAAGGAAAAAUGAUCAUAAGAGGUGUUCUUUAAGCAGUGAGGGAAAGCUGUUUUGUAUGAACACAUGUGAAAUGAGAAUUGGACUGUCAUCCCGCCUUGGAUUCAGACACACAGUGCUGUAUGGGAUCAAUAGUGGCUGGAAUGCGUCUGUGAGACCUCCAGGACCUCCUAGAGGAGCCUUGUCUUCAGACCAAAUAAGGACAAGAGCAGCAGGGCUUAAGCAUGAGAAGAGGACAGCAGGAGCUGGAGGGCUGGGGCUGUCAGCAGAUGGGAAGCUCUUCCAUAAGUUAUCUGUCAGAUAAACAUCUCCAUGCAAAUGUUCGCACGGGCCCAAACGUGCACUUUAGUUUGGUUUAAACAUUUCCGGAGAACCAGUUGCAAAGACAAAAACUCAAAACAAGUACACCAGUUAGUUUUGAUGGGACAAGCAGACAGUCUGAUUCCAAAAUCUGACCAAUUACCUCACUGGGGUCUGCCCAUUUCCCCUCCCUCUGCAACCCCCCCUGCAUGGAUCAAAAUCACCAUCAUGGUGAUACGUCCUUGCUGUUCGACAGCAAUCGCAGCACUGAGCGGUUCCACAGACAGCUGGGAGAUACCCUGCAGGUCAUGCCACUUAAUGUGGUGUUGGAUGGGCCGGCCCCCUGGGGUUUCCGCCUGACAGGAGGAAGGGACUUUAACCAGCCCCUGACCAUCUCCAGGAUCACUCCAGGCAGUAAGGCGUCCUCAGCCAACUUGUGUCCUGGGGAUGUUAUCCUGGCCAUCGAGGGAGUCCCAGCUACAGACAUGCUGCACUGUGAGGCUCAAAACAAGAUAAAGGAGUCCAGCAAACAGCUGUGUCUCACUGUGGAAAGGAAUCAAUCACGACUCUGGUCGCCUCAUGUUAUGGAGGACGGCAGAGCUCACCCGUUUAAAGUCGACCUUGAGACCAAACAGCAGGAGUAUAAACCGAUCGGCGCCACUCACAACCGCAGAGCUCAGCCGUUUAUUGCUGCAGCAAACAUUGAUGACAAACGACAGGUGGUCAGCACGUCCUACAACACUCCCAUAGGCCUGUACUCUUCAGGAAACAUCCAAGAUGCCAUGGAGGGCCAGAUCCGAGGCCUUGUUCAGCCCAAGCCUGAGAGUCCCAGAGCUCUGAGCAGCAUCGAGGAAUCUGACGUGUACCGGAUGCUGCAGAAAGACCAGGAUAUGCCCCAGGAGCCUCGGCAGUCUGGCUCCUUUAGAGCCCUCCAGGAGUUUAUCGACAGCGACGGCACUCGUCCCAUUGUGACCCGGACAGUCAAAGCCCCCACCUCCAAACCAGCUCCACCUACAGGAAACUUGCAGAAACUGCCCGUCUGCGAUAAGUGUGGGAAUGGGAUUGUGGGGACAGUGAUUAAAGCUCGGGACAAAUACCAUCACCCCGGGUGUUUCGCGUGCUCCGACUGUGAUGUCAACCUAAAGCAGAAAGGCUAUUUCAUUGUGGAAGGGCGUCUGUACUGUGAGAGCCACGCCCGAGCCAGAAUGAGACCCCCAGAGGGACACGACCUCAUCACAACAUUCCACUCACCUUAGAAGCUUCUCCAAGCACUUUGCCAAACAUGUUCAGUGAUCUGCAAUGUUUGUGCAAGAUAAUCUUAGCAGAACGAAUCAUGCUAAUGUGAUGAAUUGGAAAUCACACUUCACAGCUAUGUCUCAUUUAAACAUUUGCCACAUUUUUAAUGUUUCCAAUAAAGAAAUCUGGUCAA